AUGGCUCUCCUCAAGAACUGUACCACAACUUUUAAACUAAACACCGGGGCCACCAUCCCUGCCGUUGGCUUAGGCACCUGGAACUCAACUGAUGAAAAAGAAGCCAAGGGUGCUGUGGUUGCUGCCAUCAAGGCAGGCUAUCGCCAUAUUGACACUGCUUACAUCUACCGCAAUGAAAAGCAAAUUGGCGAGGGGAUCAAGGAAGCCAUUAACUCUGGACUUGUAAAAAGAGAGGAAUUGUUCGUCACCACCAAGUUGUGGUGUUUUGACCAAACUGAUCCUUUGCCUGCUCUUGAAGGAUCUAUUGAAAGAUUGGGGCUUGACUACAUUGAUUUAUACUUGAUGCAUUGGCCAAUUCCAAUACAUAAGAGAGAGGAUGCUAAUGGCAACUUGAUUUGGCAGCCACCUUUAGAUGAUCCGAAUAGAGCGGAAUAUUUCCGUAAAGAUUGGGAUUUCUUCAAAACUUGGGAACUUAUGUCGAAAUUACCGGAAUCUGGUUUGACGAAAGCGGUUGGUGUGUCCAAUUUUACUGCUGGUAGAUUGGAAGCUCUUUGCUCUAAGGGCAAAUUAAUCCCAGCCUGUAAUCAAGUGCAAUUGCAUCCAUUGUUACCUGAAAUUGAACUAUUGGAAGUGGCUAACAAGUAUGGGGUUAUUCUUGAAGCUUAUUCACCAUUAGGAUCCCAAAACACACCAGUUUUAAAGAACGAGUUCAUCAGUGAAAUUGCAAAAAAGAAUGAUAUCCCCGCUGCCAAUGUCAUUUUUAGUUGGAUUGUAUCUAGAGGUAUCGUGGUUUUGCCAAAAUCGGUGAAAGAAGCCAGAAUUGUUAGUAAUUUGAAGACUAUAGAUUUGCCAAAGGAAGAUAUGGAAGCUUUGACAGAAUAUGCAAGUAGGAAUGGUGGCCCUGCUAGAGUUGCUACUUCUAAAUGGUUACCUGAAGGUUUCUGGGAAGAAUAUUGA